AUGCCUGGAGCCGUGUGUGAAAUUAUUGAUGACAUUGAAGAUUUGAUUUCUUCCCAGGAUAUCACUCCUAAGGAAAGGUACGCAAGUAGAAAAAAUGUGAACGUGAGAUCUAAGAAACGGCAAAAUGAUGUUGAACCCGUUGAGAAGAUAGUGUUGCAAAGUGUUGUGCCAGGAACACAAACAAUUUAUGUAAAGACAUGGGGCUGUGCACACAACAAUUCGGACUCAGAGUAUAUGGCAGGGUUAUUAGCAGCCAAUGGCUAUCGACUUACGGAGGAUAAGUGGCAGGCGCAGCUAUGGCUCCUAAAUUCUUGCACUGUUAAGAGUCCAGCCGAAGACCACUUCAAGAACGAGAUCGAGUUGGGUCAGAGCCGCGGCAUACACGUGGUGGUGGCAGGCUGCGUGCCGCAGGGCGCCCCUCGAGCCUCCUACCUCCAGGGUCUGAGCGUGGUGGGCGUGCAGCAGAUAGACCGGAUCGUGGAGAUUGUCGAGGAGACUCUGAAGGGUCACACGGUCCGCCUGUUCGGGCAGAAGAAGACGGGCGAGGGUCGGAAAGCGGGCGGGGCCUCCCUCCUGCUGCCCAAAGUGCGCAAAAACCCCCUCAUAGAGAUCAUAGCGAUCAACACUGGCUGCCUCAACCAGUGCACGUACUGCAAAACCAAGCACGCUAGGGGCGAGCUGGGCAGUUACCCCCCCGAAGAGAUAGUAGAGAGGGCGCGGCAGUCGUUCGAUGAGGGCGUUUGCGAGAUUUGGCUGACCAGCGAGGACACCGGAACUUACGGCCGGGACAUCGGCACCUCGCUGCCGGAGCUGCUGCGGCGGCUGGUCGAGGUGAUACCGGAGGGCGGCCGCCUCCGCCUGGGCAUGACCAACCCGCCCUACAUCCUCGACCACCUGCAGCAGGUGGCCGAAAUCAUGCGCCACCCACGGGUCUACAAGUUCCUCCACGUGCCCGUGCAGUCGGGAAGCGACAGAGUCCUCGCUGACAUGAAGCGCGAGUACACCCGCGCCGACUUCGAACGCGUCGUCGACUACCUUAAGGAGCAGGUGCCAGGCAUCACGAUCGCGACGGACAUCAUCUGCGGCUUCCCCACCGAGACGGAGGAGGACUUCGAGGAGACGAUGCGCCUCUGCGCCAAGUACAAGUUCCCCUCGCUCUUCAUCAACCAGUUCUUCCCCAGGCCGGGAACGCCCGCCGCCAAGAUGCCCAGGGUCCCCACCCAAGAGGUGAAACGGCGCACGAAGCGUCUGUCGGAGCUGUUCCGCUCGUACGAACCUUACGGCGACAGGCUCGGCGAGGUUCAAACGGUGCUCGUGACGGAGCUGUCGCACGACCGCGACCACUUCGUCGGCCACAACGAGUUCUACGAGCAAGUGCUCGUGCCGAAAGCUGACGAGUUCAUCGGAAAGCUGCUCACCGUCGAGAUAACGGGCGCGACCAAGUUCUCGAUGAGCGGCAAGCCUGUCGCCCGCCCGGAGGCGGCCGGCCUGCAGCCGCCGCUGAAGAGGGGCGAGGUGUCAGGCCUGUCGCUCGUCCAGGAAAAACGCCGACAGCCCCCCCUGCCGCUCCUGUUUCUCCUGCUCGCUGUCGUCGUCAGGUUCAUCUGGAUGCUGUUA